CUUCAGACCCGAAGUCCAGCGCGUUAUCGACUGUGCCCCUCCGCGUUUAUAAACCCAGGGUCGUUACAAUAUUAUAGUGUCAAAAUGUAUUACAAAGUGCAAAUAGGAUAAUUAUGGUCAUAAAGUCAGUCUCGUCCAAAACAUAGUUUUGUAAUUGAAUUCGUCACGAUUUACUGGAUGGUUGGGUAUGGAUUAUGAUCAUGCCCACUUUUGCCAAUUAUGCCAAAUUGCAGAGAAAACACGUUGUAGUCCGCAUCCAGCUGCCAUGUGGACAUGUGUUGUCAAGGCUGCAUAUGGGUGGAACGCACAUUUCGCUCUGAAAUUAUGAGUGAAAAUGGGCUUCCAUAAAGUUGGUGCAAACUUCAAAUACAUUUCAACAAUAUUGCCAGGAGUGGAUUACAUUCGACACGGUCACUUCUGCUGCCUGUCUACCGUCAAACCACUGCACUGGUGUUGGCUACGUACAAGACCUGGUUGAUUUGUAGUUCAGCCAUGUUGUUGGAACCCCCCUGCCAUAUCAGGAGCUGUUACAGAAGGCUAAGGCAGUGGCCAUACACCAGUCCUGCUUGAGAGUAAUGGAGGACACUUGAAUCAGUGCUCUGUGUAUGUGUGUGUCUUGUACUGUACGUUGUAAGAAAGCUGCCCCCUUCCAAUGGACUAUUGGGCCCAGAGAGCUGGGUCAGAUAUAGGAGCCGUAGUCGGGCUUCUGCAUGACCAGUAUCUGUGAUGAGAGGGACCUGGAGCUGAUCUACGCUGCCAUGCCAAUCAGGGACAAACAAAAGGGACAAACAAACAGUGAUUACUAAUAAGACAGUACAUCACAUCACCCUUUCAAUGUGUCACUCAUCAACUCUUCCUUGGUUUUCUACAGAUGGGAAGAAGAGUUGCUUUUCAGAUGGAGUCCUCUGACCUUGCAACUCAGCAUACAUUUUUUACAAGACAUCAUUACUUUUUAUUGUCUUUUGUUAUUAGAUAAUCUAUUGGUACUAGCAGAACACUGCUUCUACAGUAUUAUGUAAAGUAAGGUUUAUUCUACAUGGAACUGUUACACUUGAAUGUUAUCAAAAUACUUUGUUUAGAAUAUCUACAAAAGUUCAGCAAUUGAACUCUUCUCAUAUUACUCUGUAGGCUACUGCCUGAUGAAUUGUCAGUUACCUACUGAGUAGUAUGAGUGCGCCAUCCUCCUGCAUCUCACAUCUGCCUGUACUGUAGUUAUUGAACUGCUAGACCCAUUGGUUGAGGCUAAAUCUGUCAUAUCCAGGUUGGAGUAUCAUGCACUCCACCCCUCCUGCCAUCUGACUUUACCUAUCCAUAACCUGUAAUACAUUACAUAGAUGGAAGGGACUUCAUCACCCAGAGAGCUGUGCAUGUCAGUGUGUGGUUAGAUAGCCAAAUCCUUAGAUAUGGCUAAAUAGAAUGCUGUUCUGGUUAGACGGCUGAAAUUGUACUCUACACACAACUUUUUUUAUUUGCUAGGUAAGUGUAGGCACACUAUCUUUAUAUGCACAUCAAUAUGAUAUUUACAGCAUAACAUGUUUUGUUUUUGUAACAUGAACACCCAUCGGUUUUUGUUGAUUAAUGCAUGUACAGUACACUCAAGCUGGGCAAUGUUUGUGCAAUAUUCACAUGUAGCCUACACCUGUUGUAGGGAUAUUAGUAGUUCUGGGAUUUGUCCCCUGGGAAAGAUCUAACAGCGGACAUAAGGAGAGACGAGACAACUAGUCAGUUAGAAUAUUGUGUUGUAGGACAGCUGAGCUGACUCAAGAACGGGCUUUCAACACGCUGUUAAUAUAGUUUACAUGGUAACAUGUAUUUACAUGAUGUGAUGAAACUGCUUUGCAAGCUACUUUUGUAGCAAGGUGUUAUAGGAUUGUCUCGUGAAACACAUUCCGGACACAGGCUCUUGCUAUCUUGCCGUAACUGAUUUGACAGAGAAAUAUCAGCUAGAUAGGAUGGCCAGCUGCGGCUAUCACCAAAUCUAUGCUAGCUAGCUGCUGUCAGCUUGGCUAAACACAGGGUCAGCGCUGACUCUUGAGAUGGCGAGUCAAUCAGGAGGGGAGAAGUCCUCAACUUCAAAACGUUCUCUCCAUAGCAGAGCUAUCUUAGCUAAACUUUCUCUACUCACUACUGCCCUUGUUUUUUUGUGCUUGAAUGGCAAAAAAACAAGCACGUCAAACCACACCCCUAGACAACUCUCAUUUGCCCUCAGCCGUGGCCGCUUGCAUUUCCUAAUGACCAUUGAUGGAAAACAAGGCCAAAUCAGGAAGUGCGGUAGCUCUUUAACCUUAGCUUCUCCAGAGAAAAGCAGACUGGCCGCUGAACACGAUGUUGUGCUAGCAUGUAAGCAAUGCCAAUUGGCCUGGAUACUGGCCGUCUGCUAAGUUAAUAAGUAAUAUGAGGGGGUGGGGGUUACAUUGAGACUGGAUCUAGAUCAAGGCAAUGAAGCCUGGGAUCGUUACCAACUCGCAGACACACACACAAUUAGAAAAAAGGUGCUAUAUAGAGCCUAAAAGGGUUAUUUGGCUGUCCGCACAGGAGAACCCUUUGAAGAACCCUUUUUGGUUCCAGGUAGAACUCUCUGGGUUCCAUGUAAAAUCCUUACCACAGAGGGUUCUACAUGGAACCCAAAAUACUUCUACCUGGAACCAAAAAAGGUUAUCCUAUGGGGACAGCCAAAGAACCCUUUUGGAACCCAUGUUUCUAAGAGUGUACCACAUACUGUACAUACAAUCAGUGCUUAACUUGGGCAGGAGCCGAGUACCAGCACCUCACAUUUUAAUAAUAUAAUAAUAUAUGCCAUUUAGCAGACGCUUUUAUCCAAAGCGACUUACAGUCAUGUGUGCAUACAUUCUACGUAUGGGUGGUCCCGGGAAUCGAACCCACUACCCUGGCGAAUUCCUUCACCUCUUAUAGAAUAUUAGCUCAAAAGUAUUGUGGAGUUCCUGCACCUAAAUAGAAUACUCUUUCCCACACGGGCUCACGUGUACACACAUACCUCCCUGCACAUAUACACACAAUCAUGAUACUUACAAGUGUGUAAGUAUGUAACUAAUCUUUGUAUUUGGUUUCUCAACUACAAAGAGUAUCGACGCCAAUGGUAAAGGACUUGGCACCAUGGAUCCCAAGCAAUGAUUUAAUCCCAAAUGUGGAUGGGCCUACCCAUUAGGCAACAUUUCAGAGUUGAUGUUCUAGUUGUGUGCUGUUAAUGAAAGGUAUACUGAAAAGAAUUGCUACUGUGAGAGUAUGCAUAAGAUAUAUGUCCAGACUGUAGGACAUUAGUAGGCAUUAGUACAGCAAUGGCCUCAGUGUCAUGUUUUAAGGUACCAAAGAGAAGUUAAUGUGUUGAAUAAAACAGUGUAACAGAGGUGGUUCAGUGAAACAUGCUCAUGUGAUCAGUAAACCAUUUUUAUGGGGACUGGAUCUAGAUCAAGGCAUUCAAGCCUGGGAUCGUUACCAAGUCGCAGACAAAUAUACCACAUAUGCUCAGUGCUUGAUUUGGGCAGGAGCUCACCGGAGCUGAGUACCGGCACCACUUUUUUUUUACUGCUUGAGUUCCUGCACCUCUUAUAGAAUAUUAGCUCAAAAGUAUUGUGGGGUUCCUGCACCUAAAUAUAAACAGUAUCGGCACACAAAAUGAGUACCAGCACCUAUUUCAGUCCGAGUCAAGCACUGCAUGCACUCUUUCACACACGGGCACACACUUAUACACACAUAUGUCCCUGCACAUAUACACAGAUAAGCAUGAUACUUACAAGUAAGUGCGUAAUUAAUCUUUCUAUUUUGUUUCUCAACUGCAAAAAGUAUUGAUGCCAAUGGUAAAGGACUUGGCACCAUGUAUCCCAAGCAACGAUUUCAUCCCAAAUGUGGAUGGGCCUACCCAUUAGGCAACAUUUCAGAUUUGAUGUUCUGGUUGUGUGCUGUUAAUGAAAGGUAUACUGAAAAUAAUUGCUACUGUGAGAGUAUGCAUAAGAUAUAUGUCCAGACUGUGUGACAUCUACACAAAUAUAGCAAUGGCAUCAAUGUCAUGUUUUAAGGUAGCAAAGAGAAGUUAAUGUGUUCGAUACUAGUGUAACAGAAGUGGUUCAGUGAAACAUGCUCAUGUUAUGAGUAAAUUUGCCUAAGAUCUAAAAGUCUUGCAUUAACUCCCUGAGCUUAUGCCUAUAGGCUUAAGCCCUGCAGCUAAUACAGUCAUGUGUCACACAGACGACCCAGGUUCAAUAGCUGAUCAGUGGCAUUGGUGGGGUGACCGGGAUUUGGUCAGCUGAUGUCUGUCAGCUCCUUGGGUUGUUACGGAGAGAAGUAGGAGGUCAAAGGGGGGGUGAAGUGUAACAAAGACGGAAGUGUUUUUUCUCACAGAAGGCUGGCAUGCUGAUACACACACUGUUUGUCUACCCUAGCAUAAUCUAAUGAUAUGGUAUGUCCUUGCCUGAAGUCUACCGUUUACUCCCCAAGCUAAUUCCUAGGCUUUAGCUCAAUCGGCUAAUGCAGUGGUGUGGCACGCAGACACAGGUUCAAUAACUGGUCAGUGGCAUUGUUGGGAUGACCUGGAUUUGGUCACUUAAUACCUGUCAGCUGCUGGGGUUGUUCUGUAGAGGAGGAGGUCAAAGGUGGUGAAGUGUAACAUAGGAGGGUUGGUGAACCACGAUCGUGUGAUGAGGAAUCGUGCCUGAGACUUUACAAUUUGUUUUACAUUUUUGAGCUAAUACCUAGGAUUUAGCUCAGCAGCCUUUGUCGUUUUAUGGCAUGCAGACAACCAAUGUUCGAUACACCACACUUUGCUAGUGUGAAUGACUGGGUAUCUAGUGUGCACUAGAAACUGAACUAGGUUCAGAAUACUACUUGAAAUCAUUUCAAAUACUUUCACUGCUCGAUUGAGCGUGCCUGUUGGAAUGGAACUAAUAGAGCCGGUGGAAAAGUUCCAACCCCUUCCCUGCCCCCCUGGCACUCCUGGCUGGCUGAAGCAAACGCUCAAAACAUUGAAAUGAUUUCAAAUAGUGUAUGAACCCAGGUUUGACUAGAAACACCAGAGUGUUGCAAUCUUGUCUCUCCCUCUUAUCCCGGCUCACUAUAUAGAGACCCUUGUGUGAAAGUAUCUCUUUUCACUGUCUCUCCUUCUCUAAAAAUACCCUUAUUGCAUGGUUUCCUCCUGUAAAAGUCCUCCCUCUGUUUAUCUUCUCACUCCAGGACAGUGUUGUUCAUCUCCUGGCGACCCACAGUGUUUUGUUCCAGCCCAGUAAUUACACACCUGAUUCAACUAAUCACCUAAUUUAGUUAAAAUCAGGUGUGUUACCACUGGGCAGGAACAAAAGCAUUACAUACCUUGUGGGUCCUCGGGACCAUGAUUGAAGAACACUGCUCUAGAGAGAACCAGCUAUGGCUAUGACUCCAUAGAGAUGUGUUCCAUUUAAUUCUGUGGAUGACUCUCACCCUCGCUCUUUCUCUUUCUAUAGCUCACUCUAGACUAGAGCGAUUCUGGUGUGGUGGUAUCUCUUCGCAAUGCGAAGAUGGCACCCCUGCUCCCUCCCACAGGUGCUGAUGCGUUCCGCCGCUUCACCCCGGAAUCCCUGGCAGAGAUCGAGAGGCUCAUGGAGGAAAAGAGAAUAGCCGCGGAAGUAGAGGGGUACGUAGGUGAUGGGCCGUCGGAGCCCAGCAAAGACCUGGAAGCCGGCAAGAGUCUGCCCAUGAUCUUUGGAGACGCCCCAACGGAGAUACUUAACACACCACUGGAGGACAUAGACCCCUUCUACAAAGCACAGAAGACCUUUAUCGUGAUCACCAAAGGAAACACAAUCUUCAGGUUCAAUGCUGAAUCAGCUUGCUACAUUCUAAGCCCCUUCAAUCAUCUUAGAAGAGGAGCCAUUAAAAUUCUCAUACAUUCAUAUCCUUUUUAA